AUGGAGCUGGACCGCGAUUGGCCCAUAGCCUCACCCAGCUCUGCUGUUCUCUUGGCCAUGGGCACAAGAUGGACUUGCCAUGGACCUUCCCUAUUUGUGCUCUUCUGUUAUGGGAAGCUUUUGCCAUGGCUAAGGACCGAGGGUGAUCAGAGCUUAGACAAGUUCUACAAUGAGACUGUGGCAAAGGCGUUCCUGCAGUUUUAUGAGCAUACGGCCCAGGUUGUGUGGAACCAGUUCAUGGACGCCACGUGGAACUAUGUCACCAACAUCACCAACAAAAAUCGGGAGGAGAUGCUGCACAAGGACUCAGAGAGGUCCCAGCACAUUCUGUACUUUGGCACGGCCCGCCUGUUUAAGACCUCCAGGUUCCAGGACCCGGCCGUGAAGCGCAUGCUGAGUAAGCUGCAGAACAUAGACAAGGCGGCCCUGCCCCAGGACGAGCUCGAGGAGUACAACAAGCUUCUGGCCUACAUGGAGACGACGUACAGCAUGGCCCAGGUGUGCCUGAAUGAGGGACCCUGCCUGCCCAUGGAGCCUGACCUCCAAGAAAUCAUGGUCACCUCCCGGGACCAGAAAGAGCUGCUGUGGGCCUGGCAGGGCUGGCGGAAUGCUGUGGGUCAUCAGCUCCGCAUCACCUUUGAGCGCUACGUGCAGCUCAGCAACAAGGCUGCAAAGCUCAACGGUUACAAAGACAUGGGGGCCUUGUGGCGGUCCAAGUAUGAGCCUGACACGCUAGAACAGGAUCUGGAGCAGCUGUUCCAGGAGCUGCAGCCGCUCUACUUGAAACUGCACGCCUACGUGCGCCGCGCUGCGCCUGCACCACCACUACGGCCGGAGCUUAUCGACCCGAGGGAGCCCAUCCCUGCCCACCUGCUGGGGAACAUGUGGGCUCAGUCCUGGGUCAACAUCUUAGACCUGGUCCUGCCCUUCCCGAAGAAGCCCCCUGAAGAUAUCACGAAGAUCAUGAAAAGCCAGCACUGGAAGCCCUCCAAAAUGUUCGAAGAGGCAGAUAUGUUCUUCACUUCCCUGGGGCUGCUUUCCACCCCUCCCAACUUCUGGAAAAAGUCCAUGAUGGAAAGGCCAGCUGACGGGCGGGAGGUGGAGUGCCACGCCUCUGCCUGGGACUUUUACAACGGCAAGGACUUCAGGAUAAAGAAGUGCACCGAGGUGACCAUAGAAGACCUGCUCUCCAUCUUCCACCGGAUGGGCCAUAUCCAGUACUUCUUGCAGUACAAGAACCUCUCUGUGAUCUUCCGCGCCGGCGCCAACCCAGCAUUCGAAGAGGCCGUAGGGUCGAUGAUCACCCUCUCGGCCUCCUCCCACAAGCACCUGCUCAACAGAGGCCUGCUCAGCCACCAGCACCAGGACUCAGAGGAGGAGGUCAAUUUCCUGAUGGGCAUUGCCCUGGAGAAGAUCGCCUUCAUCCCCUUCGCCUACCUUAUGGACCUGUUUCGCUGGAAGGUCUUCGAUGGCACCAUCCAGAAGGACGUCUACAACCAGGAGUGGUGGAACCUCAGGUUGAAAUACCAGGGCAUGUGCCCCCCCAUCCCUCGGACAAAGGAUGACUUCGAUCCCGGUGCCAAGUUCCACAUUUCUGCCAGCGUGCCCUACAUACGGUACUUCAUCAGCCUCGUGCUCCAGUUCCAGCUCCACGAAGCUUUAUGCAAGGCCUUGGGUCACAUGGGCCCACUGCACCGGUAGGACAUCUAUAACUCCAAGAUGGCUGGGAAGCUCCGGGAAGAUAUCCUAAAGCUGGGCUCAAGCAAGCCCUGGCCAGAAGUCCUGCAGAAGAUAACCGGGCAGACCAAAGUGUCUACAAAGGCCCUCAUGACCUACUUCAAGCCCCUGCUGAACUGGCUGGUCACCGAGAAUGUGCAGCAGGGGGAGAUCCUGGGCUGGCCAGACUUCAGCUGCACCUUUGCAGAAAAAGACACAGACAAGGUGACAUUUAUGAGUCUGGAGCUGGGGCCUGACCAGACCAAAUUUGGGCAGUGGGUGUUGCUGGCCAUCAGCUUGGUCAUGUUCCUGGUGGCCCUACUGCUGGCCCGCAGGUUGUACUCUCUGGAAAAAAGGUCACUGUCCCAGGACACCAAUGCGCAGGACACCGGUUCACGGGAUUCCAGUGCCCCCGAGACACAGCCCAAGGCCUACUUCCUGGGCAUAGCCAUGGAGACCCGCCUAGUUGCCAAAAGACACUGGAUCCUUCUGGGCCUCUGCCUCAUCUUGACGCUGUACUCAAUCAGCCUGACCAUUCGGGUUUUCACGCAGCACUACAGGAAGCCUCCAUGGAUGAGAGCUGAAUGGUGGAGCUGGGACUAGACACCAGUACAACCGCCAGCCUGCACCCCCAAAUAAGGGGCAGCCAGGACAACUCUGCCUCCCUAGGAGGCCACACUUGCAGCCCUCCCAUUCCCUAGCCACAGUGGCCAACCACGCCCCCAUCAGGCAUUGUGGCUCUGCGAGGCAAAGGCACACCCAGCCCAGGACUCCAAGCCUCUCAUCUGGACUCCAGCAAAAACCUCACUGAGCCUCCUUGUCCAUCCUCUCUCCCCCACCCACCAUUGUAAAGUUUCUCUCACUGGAAUAUUUCCUCCGUGUCUAACUGCUUAAGAACUUGGUUGUCCAUCAAUUAUCUAGAUGUUCAAAAUGGCAUCUGAGGGUGUGUAUCAAUCCCCCUUUUGUUCAAACUUCACUUCUCCCAUGCCCCAACU